CUCCAGUGGCUCGCUACAUCCCAGUCUCGCUCGACUCUCCAUCUGCAACUUUCUUCCACCCCGAACUCUCCAUCUCCGUGGUCCAUUCUGGGUUCCAUCUCUCGACUUGCUCUAUCGCUACUUAAUACGAAAGCUUCACAAGCGCCCUACCACGCGACUCACGCAUAGGCCGGUCGCCCCCUAGCUAUGACUGAUUACCAAGCACUCCGACGCGGGACGUUCUAGUUAGGUAUCCAAAAGCCCGCACUGCGUCUUCCACGGUUGUCUCGCCCUCCAGCCGCAACAAGAUCAUUUUCGCUUUGCUACCUGCCUGAUUGACCCCCGGUUGCCCCGUAUUACCGGCUCCUUCGCUUUUCCCCCGCAGCUUGCAGGUGGGCCCAGCCGUUACCCGUUGCUCUCCACGAUUGUGUCGUACCAUCCUUCUGGCAAAGCACCCGGACUAUCACAACGCACUCCUUCGCCUCUGGCCUAGCAUCUGCUCUAGGGACUGACAUCAUGGGCGGGACACAACCAGACGAUUUGGCGCAAUCCGGCUCCUCCACCUUGGGCAUUGCGAAAAAGAAGUCGCGCCGAGGAGCGGAUGCUGCUGGUCAGAAGCGGCGUUGCGUCAGCACCGCUUGUGUCGCCUGUCGGAAACGAAAGUCAAAAUGCGAUGGAGCUGUCCCCAGCUGUGCCGCCUGCGCCAGUGUAUACGGCACUGAGUGCGUCUACGACCCUAACUCGGAUCAUCGCCGCAAGGGCGUCUACCGGGAAAAGGUCGAUAGCAUGAAGGCACGGAACUCCACACUCCAGAUCCUCAUCGAAGCCAUUCUAAACGCCGAUGAUGAAGACGUCUCCGAAAUUGUUAACAAGAUCCGGACAUGUAACAGCCUCGACUCUGUCGCCGAGCAAAUCCUGAAACAACAGCAGCAACAGGAGAGGGAACUAGAAGAAGCCCAAGGCCUAGACCAGACCGACGACCAGUUCUCCGCCGAUCAGCCUGUGGAGGGUGAAAGAGACCUAGCUCGGAAGAUGGGCGAGCUUAGACUUGAAAAUGGCUCUGUUCGCUUUAUCGGCGGAACAUCUCACCUCAUCUAUCUUGGCGAUCCUCAUUACGGAGGGGAAACUGAUCCGAACCCCGAACAACUGGCAUUUGGCGGGGAUCCCAUCACAACAUGGACUCGCGUCACCCAGGAUACGCAACUCAUCACCCAUCUCAUGAAUAUGUACUUCAACUGGCACUAUCCUUAUUUCACCACACUGUCCAAGACCAUGUUUUUCCGAGACUUCAUGAGAGGCAAAGCAGGGCUUGGACGUGGUACCGCAUAUUGCUCAUCGCUCCUGGUAAACGCUAUGCUCGCGCUGGGGUGUCACUUCACGAGUGUCGCCGGUGCUUUUGGUACCGCAGGGGACAGUCGGACCAAGGGUGACCACUUCUUCGCGGAGGCGAAGCGUCUCAUCAUCGAAAAUGAUGAAUAUGAGAAGCCACGCCUGGUCACUGUUCAAGCCUUGGCUCUCAUGUCGGUCCGCGAAGCGGGUUGUGCCCGGGAGGCCAAAGGCUGGGUGUACAGUGGAAUGAGUUUCCGGAUGGCUGAAGAUAUUGGUUUGAAUCUCGACGUCGGGGAGCUUGACAAGGAACGCAUGAGCGAUCAUGAAAUUGAUGCACGACGAAUCACUUUCUGGGGUUGUUAUCUAUUCGACAAGUGCUGGUCAAACUACCUCGGAAGACUCCCCCAGAUCCCCAAGAAUUCUUUCAAUGUUUCCAAGGUUGAUGUCUUCCCGGACGAGGAUGCCCAAUCUUGGUCGCCCUAUACCGAUGGCGGGUUUGAUCAGUCUUCAAGGCAGCCUUCAAGAACCCGUGCUGUUGCACUGCAGCUGUCAAAGCUGUGUGAAAUUAGCAGCGACUUGUUGGCUUUCUUCUACCACCCCAGCACGAUGGGGCGUUCCAGCGGGAAAAGCGUUGAGCUUAAAAAGCUCAGUGAGCUGCAUCGCCGUUUAGAAGAAUGGCGAAAAGAGCUCCCCAAGGAAUUCGAGCCGAAGGAGGGGCAGUUACCUAACGUACUUCUCAUGCACAUGUUUUUCCAUCUUCAGUAUAUCCACCUCUUCCGACCCUUCUUAAAAUACGCACCGUCAGCGUCUCCUCUUCCACCCCAUGUUUCUCCUCGCCGAAUCUGUUCAGCCAAUGCCGGCGCCAUUUCUAAGCUAUUGCGUCUCUACAAAAAAUUGUGGAAUCUACGUCAAAUCUGCAAUAUCGCUGUUUAUAUGGUGCACAGUGCUUGUACUAUCCACCUGCUUAACCUUCCCGAGAAGACUGCUCGAAGAGACAUCAUUCACGGGGUGAAGCAUCUCGAGGAAAUAGCAGAAGACUGGUUAUGCGCAAGACGAACCCUAAGCAUCCUCAGUGUCCUCGCCCGCAAAUGGAAUUGUGAGCUCCCCGAGGAUGCUGCUUUUGUCCUUCAACGAGCGGAUGAAAAGUAUGGCACUUAUAGCAUGUCUGAUGUGCCUUCUCCUCAAUCGAAUACCGACUCAUCGCCUAUCUCCGAUGGUGGCCUGGGACUUCAAGCAGGUGGAGAUUACAGUCCCCUGACCCAAUACACCCAGACGCAGCUCGCCCGGCCCAUGCAGCUUCCAGCAGUCUCCGGCCCUCUUACGACCAGUGCCCAAACUUCAAACAUACCGAUUGCGCAACAGCAAGGUAUGGCUGUGGAUAGGCCGCGGAUGCCCUUUGGGUCUGAUACCAUGUCCGGAUGGAGCUCUACACCUUCCCCGGCACCAAUGCCAGGCUAUCAAAAUUCCUUUGCUCCCAUAAAUCAAGCCAAUAUGCCACCUGGCUCAGGUAUCCUCCCCACGAAUAGGAGACGGACAUCGAGCCGGGCGGCGCGGAUGGACGGCCAGGAGUGGUUCUUGAACGAUAGUGCGCGGUGGCACCAAAGCUUUGAGACUUGGCAAAUGACCAACGGUGGGCAAGAUGCGUCUGUGUUCAUGUUCGGUGAAGGCGGAAAUAAUGGCACACCCAACACUAAUAAUUCGGACGGCAAUGUCAGCAUGCAGGCCGAGGCUAACGAUCCGUUGGCUGCAUUUGACGGCUUGGGCGCGUCGUUGUCAGGGGACGGCUGGCUGCCUGGCCUGGACUAGACAUGAUGAGCCGAGAAGCCGAUUAUUUGUGUACUUAUUAUAUCGCGAUGGAUAAUGACCCGGGAUCUGGCCUGGAGUUUGGAUACUGGUAAAAGGCGUUGAAACUAGUUGUGGAGGUAGUUAGUCGUAGAGAUGGAAUACCCUGUUAGUUCAGGUCAUAAAAUAUUGGCAAGAGUUUGUGAUGCUUAUGGCUGUAUACUAACUAGUACAUGGAGAAAUUAUGGACUAGAAUUUGGUACGCCGCUG